AAACGCUAUUCUAGAAAGAGAUGAGGAGAAGCACCAACGAAAUAAAGUGACAAAUGAAGUUUAGUGGAAUUUUACGGGGUUUCGGUUUGAGUAUUUUCAAAUGCUUCUGAAUAUUUAGCUUUUAGUGGACAAGUUCAAUAGUAUCUGAUAAAAUAGCCCCUAAACUGCUGCAUUUGUGGAAUUUGUGAUUUUUCACCUCCGUUUUCUGCAGUCCGAAAGGAUCCGCCUUUGGUUCGGAAUAAUACGUUUCGCUGGAACUCGUAAACAAGGCGCACUACUUAAAAUUCAUCAAAAUGAUCUCAAAAAUGAUUCUCUUAUAAAUUCCUGGAAUUAAUCACGAGAAACUAUGCUACGGAGACAAGUUUUAUUACAUUUAACUUUGCACUGCUGCAUCUGUUCGGUAUUCGGAUUGGGAUGGGUUCUGCCGGAGAAACCUAUUGUCCGAUUGGUCAACCAGUCGUACGACAUAAGCUGCACAUUAAACCGGUCGGAUCCAGAUACCGAAAAAUUCUCGAGCAAUGAUUUGAUGUUCUAUAUCAUGAAUGAUACAGCAACAACGCAAAAACUCGUGCAGCACGAGCAUAUGCAACGUGAACAUGUGAAGAUCAUUAACGAUACUACGAUUCAACUUAGUGUCCACAAUGCGUCAGCAGGAAAGUUCCAAUGCAUUUGUAAGCUAAACCAUACAAAAGGUGUAGGCAUGCGAAGUGUCUACGUUGGAUAUAAACCCUAUAAUGUGACUAAUUUCAAAUGUCGUUCGGAGAAUUGGCAGAAUAUGAACUGCUCAUUCACGCAGAAGCAAAAUCCAAUUCCUACUGAUUAUAAGCUCAAUUUUAAAUUCGAUCCGGGAACAUCAUUUGUAGACUACAAUUGCCCACUGGAAGGCAAAUCUGAUACGUGGUCAUGCUUGAUCGAUUUGGAUUCAUCAUACCGACAGUCACACGAGUUCUAUUAUUUCGUACUAGUAUCGAAUAAUUCGUUGGGUCGCAAUAUUGAGUAUUUUACUAUCAAUAAUUACGACAAUGUCAUACCGGAAGCACCUAUGAUAUGCCAGGCCUCCAAUAUCACAUCUAACAGUGCUGUACUGCAUUGGGCAAUAUCGUACAAGCUGCAAACUUUUAAACGCGACUUUAUUUUUCAAAUAAAAAUUCUUUCGAGCUUUGACAACUCUGUUUGGAAACCCAUCAGUAUUAGCAACAUUGCCAAGUCAUUAACCAACUACACACUCCCAAUUGAGAACUUACAAUUCGCGGACACAACUUAUGACGUUCGAAUCAGAAUGAAAACGGCAACAGCGGAAAAUACCGAGGAAAUGUGGUCCAACUAUUCCAGCUGUCUGUUCAACACAUUGCCCCGAAGGCCAGAUAAUCCUCCAGAGGUGGUCAUCGGAGGAUUCGAAAUUAACGCAUACAAUGACAUCUUCGUCUACUGGAGGGAAAUUCCAAGGAGCAAACACAAUUCGGUUACAGGUUUCCGCUACAAAAUUUCGGGAAUUACCAGAAAUGGGAUACCAAUCAGCAACAUCACUGAAGGUCGCAAUGGAAGCUCUAUGAUUCAAUUCAGAAACAUGACGGAUGGCAACUACACGUUCAUCAUACGCAGCUCUAACAGCGAAGGAGAUUCGAUACAGUCGAGUAAUCUCUACAUUCCUGCUAGACGAUAUCGGGCUCCAAAGCCGGAAAUAACGAAAUUACUUUCGGAUGCAGGCAAAUACCUUCUUUCGUGGAAACUCGUACCAGAGCAUGCAACAAGAAUCACUUCAUAUACGGUGUUUUGGUGUAAUUCUAGCAGUAAUUCACCAAACGAUUGCAAUGGAUCCAUCAAUUUUGAUCGUAUUGACGGCAGCAGAGAUAGUUACGAGCUAAACAACGUCAGCUCGACUUUAAACUUCGCUGUUGCUGCCAAUUCCGGUAAUCUCUCAUCCGGUAUGGUUUGGGCAUCCUGCACAGCCACUCAAAAAAACGAUAUUGGAAAAUUGAAAACAAUCUGGAUCCCUGCUAUGCAGUCUACGUAUAUCGAUCUGGAAUGGAAAUUGGAAUGUGGAGACAGCGCGAUUGUUGAAGGCUACAGUAUAAUAUAUUGUCCAAUCAGUUCGCCGCGUGAUCAAAGUUGCAAAGUUCCGGAGGAAUCUCUGAACAUAACUGGAACUACGGGGCAUCGUAUAACUGGACUGAAACCGUAUGUCACGUACAAAAUUCAGAUUGCGAUGUACUCUAAAACUAGAAUCGGCCCUAGAAGUGACCCUCUGUUCAACACAACUCUAGAAGAUGCACCAUCUCCACCGCGGAAUUUGAUGUUGAAAGACGUUCGCAAUGAUUCGGUUAUUCUGCACUGGGAUCCACCGCUGCAGAUCAACGGAGGUAAAAUGAACUACGAAGUGUGGUACAAUCAUCAACAUAAAAAAAUUGAUCCCGAAAAUUAUACCGAUCACGUUACGUACACCUUGACCGGUCUGGAGCCGUUCACCAAUUACAAAAUCAUUGUUCGAGCUUACACAAUAGCUUAUUCCAAUAACUCGAAUUCAGUGGAUAUUACAACCGAGAUUGGAACACCUGGAAUAAUGCAGCAACCGGGUUCUGUGGAUUCAAACAAUACAAGGUUGUCUAUAAUAUGGCAGCCACCGGAUAAAAAAGCUGGCUGUAUGGAAUAUUUUGAACUCAAAAUCAAGACAAAUACCCAAACUGAGGAAUCAGCUAUAGUUAUGCGGGUAUCUGGCACGCGUUGUACCUUGAAACGGUCCAUUUGCUUGGGUGCAGCAGACUCAAAUCGGACGGACAAGUAUGAGUUCUCAGUUCGGGCGGUGAAUGUUAUUCUGAGCCCUCAUGCACCAAACUACACCGAGUGGAACAAAUUGGCUUGCGACCAGAAGUACUCUUAUUAUCUGAAUUAUGGUGUGCCUACCACAUAUAAUUACCAUUCGCAUCCAAGCGGAUUGGAAUGCGAACCCAAUGGUCAUAAUGUCCCUUUCAUUGACUGGAUGAAAAUUGACCAGUAUGCCACCAUUUUGCAUGGUGAAUGGUCAUGGCCAUUGACUCAUUGGUGCAAUUAUGGUCCGAGCAACACCGAAGCUAUCAUAUUCUUGACGCUUGUCACAUGUUUAGGAAUCAUCAGUCUCUUUAUUUGCACAUAUAUGAGCUUGAAGAAAAUGAAGCACAUUAAGAAUAUCAAGGUUGUUCUUCCUGACGCGUUGAAUGAUAUUGUAACGUCCGAGAAACCGGAUAUUUUUAAAGGCGAUAAUGAUAGCUACGUGAAUGAAUAUUUGGAGAAAAAUGCUGGUGAAACCUUGCUCUCCUACUCACCAAGUCAUCGAUAUCACAAGAACAAUUUGCAUACCCUUGACGAUUCUACAAGUAUUGGUUCCAACGACGACAACAUAGAUCACGAGGAUGGAGUGGUAGAUGGCGAAGUGGAUUUAUUAUCGCUGUCGGAUGAUGGAAAAUCUCAACAAUACUUACCCACGGAAAAUGAUUUGUGUCAACCGACGCAACAAUUCAGCAACACUGAUAUAAUGGAUAUUAAGACUAAUAAUAUUAAGGAUAAUGUUUUAAGUUUGCCUUCAACAGGAUACGUUUUAGCACCUGUCGUAAAACCGAGCUCAAAUGGAUAUGUUCAAGCACCUUUAGCCAAGCCCCCCGUCACGUCCAACUACAUACAGCCAAGUGCAUUCUCUGGAAUCAAUAAUCCAAGCCUUUCGAAAACAUCGAUUAUUGUGUCCACAACGGAUGCUGAUGGAAUCUCUGGAUACGUUACACAUAAGCAACUCUCUGAUUACGGUCAAAAAAUGCAGUAAAUAUUAUCAAUGUUUAAUAAAAUUGUAUUUAAAUAUGUAA